AUGGCGCGGGGCUGGUGGAAAUAUGCUUCAAGACAUUUUUAAAUAGUUAUCUACAGCCAAAUUGAAAAUUGCUGCUUGUUUGUAGAUGAGAUUGUACAUACAUCCGAGUGUUGAAAUCGGAACGUGAGCUUCUCUCUACACUGUUUGGGUCAUCUUACAGUUGGAUGUAUCUGUCUGUUCUCGCUAGCCGACCACCAUACAUGCAGGAAGUGGGGUAGAUGAACUGACACAUGCACCGUUAUUGGUUUUGUUUUGAGGAAGUUUUGCUUUGUAUAAAGCUGAAAAAUGGAGGAUCAUUUAAUGGAUGAACUCUAUGGUGAUCUUGGUGAGCAUCCCUCCGCUUUGUGUCGACAUGAUGACGAAGACUCCGUGGACAUAUACUCUGGACUAGAGAGUAGCCCUAAGGUUGAUAAGAAUAAACGCAAAGUCAACAAAUUGCUUUCCCCGCGGACAAUUGAAUCAAUGGAUAUAUAUGAGGAACUCAUCAGGGAAGAACAAGAAGAGAAGGAGGCAACCUACAAUGAGUUAAAGCAAAAAUUUGAAGCUGCACAGCUACAGGUUAAGGAGUUAAUCUCAAAGUUACAGCUACUGCAGACAAAGAAUUCAAGUUUGAACAAUGAAAACACGCUCCUGAAGAAGAAUAUUUGUUCCCUCAUCAAGACUGCUAGAAUGGAAAUUGUACGUAAAGAUGAAGAGAUUUGCAGACUGAGCAAUAGGUCUGGUCGUGGAUGUUAUGGUCAAAUUUUUCAUCAGUCUCCAAUGGAAAUAAGUCAAGUGAACACAAGGCACACUUUGAACAAUACAUCACAUUCUGUUUUAGAACAUAGAGAUUCCAGACCAGACAGAGCUCCAAAUGAAGCGAACAAGCCGAAGGGUAGAAACACUGUGUUUGAUAAGGCAACAGCUUCAGCUUUAGCACCACAACCUUUUGUGGUGCUCCAAAGGUGCCCUAGAAUUGAUCUUGAAAAUCCUCUAAAUGGUCAGAACAAAAACUCUGCUGCUAGAUCUGACAGUGAAACUGUUCUUCCAAAGCAAGAACAUGGACGUGUCGAUCCUAACAAAACAUCAGAUGGUGCAAAACAUCCAACCAUCUCCAAAGUUGUAGAUGCCUCUAAUACUCGAAAACCACAUAACCCUGAAUUGACGGUUCCCAGUACAACUUCUGACAGCCUCUGUAACUUAAAGGACAGCAAGAACUGUCCCUCUAGACAGGUACACAUACUGGAAAAGUCUCAGACAAACACUAGCCUUGACAAAAAAUGCAACUUGCUGGACAAGGACACAACUCAAAAAAGCCAGAAAAAAGUGGAAUGCAUAUCUGGAAGAAUUGAAGGAGCGCUUAUAAAAGACAGCUCUGUAUCUAGUGAAACCACAAAUCAUCCGGCUGAAGUGCCUGUCAUUCUCAAAAGUUCAGGGAGAUCUAAAAGCCCUUCCAUCCAGUACCACAAAGCUUUAUCAUCUGACGGCUCUUCCCAGUCUCCCAAAAGUUCACUUCUGACAGCUGCAGAAAUGGAGACACAGAGUCAAGAGCAUAUUCAAGAUACGGGCAGACCCAGCAAAGAAACAAGACAUUCCGGCUGGAGGAGAGCAACUUCUUCUUUGGUUGAUGAGGCUACUCAUUCCCAUAAUAAAAAAUUGGAAAAACGAGAGUCAAGUGGCCAACAAAGGAACGAGGAGAAAAGGCAAGAGACAUCUUCCAGUGCAGAAGGAAGGAGCAGCAGAACAGAGAGACACAGAGAGCACGAAAAGAGACCAAAGGAGAGUGGCAGGAAUAAAAGAGAUGAGAGUCAUAGCAGAGAUAGAGAAAGAAAAGGCAACAGGUCAGAGGGUAGCAAAGAGCAUGAGCGGAGAAGUGCAAAGGAGGCAGAUAAGAACGAAGAAAAUAAGAAGUGUAGAGAAGGAAGAUCAAGGAAACAAGCUGAUAACUUGGACACCAGGCAUUCUUCUUCUCCCAAAUGUGAUUCUCAAGAAAAGGAUGUCUGUAAGGGACACGCAUCAAACAGAAUUAAUGAGUCUUUGUUAAACAGCAAAAGGUCACACAGCCUUGAUGGCUCUAGAAAGAAAGUUUGUCGUAGUCCUGACAAGAAACCAAGCUCUCAAAAGUAUUGUGAUAGAGAAAAGGUUAUGCACAAGGACAGAGAAAGAAAGAGAGACAGUGGUUGUGAGGAGCAUAAGGUACAGAAAGAUGGAAAAUCAAAAAAUGCAGUUCAUAUUCAUAACAAAGACAAGAAGGACUUGCAUAAAAAAGAUAGGAUCAUCAGAGAAGGUCAACAAUGUAAGGAUGAUCAAAACAAAUACCUUAAAACUAUCCAUACAAAGUCACCAUCAACUGUAGCUAUCAGUAGCAAAUCCAGCAAAACAAAAGAGAAUAACAGUCCAGACCACAAACUGAGUUUCAUGGAGACGUUGAACCUUACUUUAUCCCCUCUUAAAAAGCAAAGAUCAUCCUCUGAUCUUAAGGAGCAUGUUGGAGCAGUAGCUGAAGAUGCCUCUGCUGACAAUGGUAGAAUAUCUGAACUCUCUGGAGAGGAAAUUCUUGUAAUCGAUAAAUUACAGAACAGCCAGCGAAGUGUUGAGGAGAUAAAUGAAGACUCUGAGCCCACAACUAUAGAUAAACAACGUGACCUAACCAGUUCAUCCAAACUCUUCAUGGUUGUUACCUCUGAAAAGUCCUCAUCAGAAGAAACCAAUAUUGAAGUACAGGAACAGCAGGGAUCUUCCUCUGAUUUUAAGGACCAAGUUGGAGCAACAACUGAAGAUGCCUCGGCUGCCAAUGGUAGAAUAUCUGAACUGUCUGGAGAGGAAAUUCUUGUAAUCGAUAAAUUAAAGGACAGCCAGCAAGGGGUUGAGGAGAUAAAUGAAGACUCUGCGCCCACAACUACAAAUAAACAACGUAACCUAACCAGUUCCUCCAAACUCUUCAUGGUUGUUAACUCUGAAAAAUCCUCAGCAGAAGAAACUAAUAUGGAGGUAAGGGAACAGCAGGUCGUUGAUAAUCAAGAGGCUGUGGACGUAGUGCCACCCGUUGAUCCAGUUCCAGUGAAGAAAACAGACAAGAGAUUAGACAUCAAUGUUUUGGAUAAAGAUUCAUCAAAAUUAAAUACUGCAAGACUCUCUCAAAACAGGAUCAGUCAGGGGUGCACGAAAGACUCUACUGGAACCAUAGAUAAUCCUGUUGUUUCUAAUAGUUUGUCCACUGAAAUGUUUCAAAAAUUGACAGAGUCAAAUUGUACUCCUGAUUCAAAAGUUAAUUGUCUGAAACAGAAUUUUAUCACCACUGUAUCUGAGGAAACUUCUUCGAUGGGAAUCCAGACCGUUCCUUUGGCUAACUCUCAGGAUUUACUGCCUGCACAGAAUAGGAUUUGUCAAGAGAAUGUGUCCUCCUCUGAGAGGGCGUAUUAUCAUUCCUCUGAGAUUUCUGAAAGUCCUGUCACCAUGGAGGUGUCCUCCAGCACGAAAUCCAUAGACCUUGAUGAACAAACCACAGUUAUUUGUUAUGCUGUAGAAGUGAGACCUUCUAAGCAGGACAAUGAGAGAGCAAGCCAUACAUCUAAAAAUCUAAAGCCAGUUGAAAAGUUCCAGACAUCUGACAAUCUGAAAUCUGAGAAAUCCCUUCGCUCAGGUGAAAGCAUUACUGUAAGAGAGGAGACAACAUGUUCCAUGGAGGCUAGUUUCUCAGAGCCAGAUUCCACAGAGAAGGAUGAGCAGAACAUAAAAUCAUCUAGUUCUGAUGUAUUGUGUCACGAUGAAGACUCCAUGAUGCUUACACUUAGGAACAUCAAGAUCAUCCCAGAGGCCAUCAGCCCUCUCACAAGUCCAGUCCGUCAGGUGAAGAGAGUCCAGCCUCAUUGUGCUGAUAAGCAACCUCAUGUCAAGAGUCUUAGCAAAGACCUCUCCACGGCAAGUGAUAAAGUGAACUUGGACAUGAACAAAGAGAACAAGUCGCCAGACUCUUCGGUCACAACUGUCCCCCAAAUGGGGACUGUAGAUGCCCUGUCAGUUAGUGGAACUGAAGAAGAAGAGCUGGAGGACGGUGAGAUAGUGAGUGACAGUGAGGAAGAGGGACCUCUGUUUAUUCAGACUCCACCAAGAGAACAGGACAAGUCAACCUCAGGAUCUCUUUCAAGUCCAAAGCUAUCUUCUGUUGGCAAAAGAGCAUCCCAAAAGAAAUCUUGCCCCCCUGUGAAAGAUUCAAAUCCUAAGAACUCGGUGACUCCUCCUUCUAGUACCAGUCCCACCACAAAUAAGAGACGAUUUAAAACAGUCAGCCUCCCAGUGGUGGCAGCAGUCCUUACUUUAGAUGAAUUUAUGGACAGGCUGGCAAAUAUUCGUGUUAAAUUGAGGAGGAAGUACAUGAAGCUUCACAAAAAUGUCACCUCAACUGCCUUCUGCUGCAUAGUGGAUAUGUCUCAGGCUUCUUUUACAGAAUUUGUCAAUGCAGUUGACUUGGAUAAGUUUUGCCAUCAGGGUAAUAACAUGAAAGAUAAACUUAAUAAGAUUAUAACUUCUAUCAUGAGCAAGGUCACCAAGAAUGGCAUUGUCAACCGUAUCUUUGAUCAGAAAGCUGGAGACCUCAAGCAGAAAUUGUGGACGUUUGUGGACGGGCAGUUUGACUUCUUGUUCAAGGAACUGAAAGCGGUGCUCGGAAAUAGCUUUGAGCCAUCUGUGAAUGCACGCGCAACUGAAGAUAUAAAUGCAACUCUUAAAGGAAAAGAGGUUGUAGAAAAAGAUCUUGAAACAUCUGUUCAUAGGACUAAGAAAGCCAAAGUUGACACUGGAAACCGUAGCAAAGAGACACCUCAAAUUAUGUUGCCCCCUCCUAGGGGCCUUGGUAGCAGGGGUAAAAAUAUAAGAGCUGUUAUGCAGGAAGAUGAGGAGCCUACAAACGUGAAGACGUCACAACAACUUCCUACAUCAUCGUCUGUGAAGUCUGUCCUCGAAAAGUCUGUCCUGGAAAGCACCUCUGGAUUUGAGAAUAAAAUCUCACCCUGUGUCCGCCGUCUCUCUAAUAACGGGUCAACACAUGACAAGUCGGAUUUUGACAUUCUCACGGAGCAACAAGCAUCAAGUUUAACCUAUAACUUGGUCUCUGAUUCUCAAAUGGGAGAGAUAUUUAAAUGUUUGUUGCAAGGGUCUGAUUUGCUUGAACCUGGUCUUCCAUUAGGGGACAGUCAAUGCUGGCCAGUCAGCACCCCUAGAAAGGAAGAUGUUCCAGGGGAUAGUUUGAUUGCUACUAUGACCCCUAACAAGACAACUCCAUCUAAAUUCAGUGCAUCCUGGUCUUCCAUUUCUCCUUACAAGUUUUCUUCUAAUAGCAAAAUGCUCGUAGACCCAGCAAUUCUCGAUGAGAGCUGCUUGUUAGAAGUUCCCUCUAGUUCAGAACCAUCCCGGCUUCCUACACAAACAACUGUAACCUCUCAGCGAACUUUCUCUAUCCUGGCUGAAGAUCUAGCUGUAUCCCUUACCAUUCCUUCACCUCUGAAGUCGGAUAGUCACUUGAGUUUCUUGCACCCUGGAACAGGCCAGCCACUGUCUGCCCCAAAUAGUAUUAUGAGUGCCCAUUUUAGCGAAGACGCUCUCGAUGGAGAAGAUCCCACAGAGCAGGACAUCCACCUUUCUCUUGACACGGACAACUCCAGCUGUGGGUCGAGUCCUGACAGAAAAUGGGAGGACUCUGAUCCGACUGGUUUCCAGUUUAAACCCAAUUUACCAAUGCAGGCUGUGGUAAUGGAGAGGUCAAAUGAUCAUUUCAUUGUACGAAUUAGACACACAUCUACCAGCCCAACGGAAAGUGGUCAGAAUGAAGAGAAAAUGGAGCCCGUGUUAACUGCAGAGCAACAACCCGCUUUAAACCCAAACCAUUGUCCAUGCCCCGAAGACUUGGAGCAUACACAUGAAGAGACAGCAGAUGAAAUCCUUGAAAUGUCACUUGAGUCAUGUCACAUUUCGGAUAAAACAUUGGAUGCUCGUCCAUCAAGCCAAAAAUCUCCAUCUGAAGAUGUUUGUGACGGCAAAGCUAAGCAGGUUUCCAGUGAUGCUAUUCUUGAGUUGAGUUCAGUAAAGGGCAAGACAACAGAAGAAAGGGCGUCAAGAAAACGUAAGAAACAUCACUCAGAGCCAACAGCAAAGCGCUCCAAAACAGACAAAUCUCGAGAUAAACAUCGCAAGGCAAGGCAUACAAGAAGGUCGAAAUCCCCCAAAGAAUCAAGCCAAAAAGUUGCAGUAUCCCCAGUGUCCUCUAGCAGCCUUUCUGCAAAGAAUGUAAUCAAGAAGAAAGGGGAAGUGGUUGCGACUUGGACCAGGGAGGAAGACCGGGACAUUCUUGUUGAGUUAAAAACGAAGGGUGCUUCACCCAAGACAUUUGCAGCUUUAUCAAGACGGUUAAAAAAGUCAACAGAACAGAUCGAGGAGAGAUUCACUCAAUUGUUGAAGCUGUUCAAGAAGAAAGAAAAAAUGGAGAACUGAUUUAACAAGACAAUUUUGAUGUGUCAAAGGAAGACAGACAUUCUUGCUGAUAAUGAACUCUUGACUUCUAAGGUGGAAAUGUGUUAGCAAAUGUGUUUUUUGACAUGUUUGAGAAAGCACUUACUCUUGCGACUCACAAAAGAUCUGCAGUAAAUGGUCCUUUAGCUGAUCGCCUCUUUUCAUUGGGAAACAUUUGGUGUUAUCAGAGACAGACUUGAUCCUACAUUUUGGAGCGUUUAUAUAAUAAAUAGAAAAAUAUUUUCAGUGUUGAACUCACUUUCUACUGUAACUCCUCUGAAUGUGUUAAAGAUAUAAACCAAUAUCUAAGUUGGUUAAAAACAUGUAACGUUUUAAUUGGAUAAACCCUGUACAAUACCAUACCAGUCACUUGUUAAAGUUUGGUAAGAUAAGCAAAAUAUAGCUGUUCCCGAUUGGUUGCUGCAGUCACUCUUUUUUAAAUGAAAAUAUGAACAUUUUUGUAUUACAAGUUGACUUUUGAGAAGUUAAUAAGGCUUUGUUUUUAGACCUACCUCGGCAGAAUGCAAAUCUUUUUUUAACUUAAAUGUGUCUAUGCUGACAAGCCUCAUAAUUAGUUUUUAUCACAUGGUCUUGAAAGCAGACAGAGGAAAAAGAGGUAUUAGUAAUGCCAUUUUAUUCUUAUUUGAAUCUUUGUUCUGUCAGUCACCCUAUGAGGUCCGGUUUGAUAAUAUUGUUAACUUUAGAGUUACAUGUUCUUGUCUUAUAACGACUAAUAGGAUUUUCCGUUGUAUAUAUGUGUAAAUUUUUCAGAGACAGAAAUCUAGUUAUGGGAACUUUUCUUUAAGAAUUAUAUUUUGUUUGAAAAUAAAAUGUGUAAAAUUUGAAGUUCUAAAAAAAUCUUGCAAUGUUUCUAAAAUAAAGCCUAUUUAUUUACGUUUUA